GCGAUCGGGCCUAGUGAUUGUACAGAUUUGGACUAAAGCCCAACUCCAAUUAUUUCUAAAAUGACUGGGAAAAAAAGUUUUCUACAAGCCCUCCUUCGUCUCCGGCCUUCUGUAUCCGAAAAUUCAUCCAUUCUGCCAUAUCCAGGGGCAAAAUGGGAAGGUCAACAAACAUUUACUUUUUUCCUUAAAAUGUAUGAGUUCAAAAUGAGACUUUAUACUGUGAUGGAUAAAGUUGUGUUUUUGUCAAAUCGGAUAGAGCUAUCAGCUAUUAGAGAAUGGAGAAUGUGUAGCCAAUGAGAAUAUGUCAUCAUGUAGCUGAUUAUGCAGCUACGCUUGAAAGGUAGUUAGAGCUGAAAAAUGGUUUCUAUUCAACAAGGUUGGGUGGAUAGGGCCAUGAUAUCCGAAGAUUCUGAGAAUAUGAUGUUGGUUUAUGGCGAUACAUCAGACCAGAGAUCUUUCUCCUUGGAUGACACAAGCAGCACCGAGGAAUCACCUGAGCAAACAAAUCUCUCUUUGGAGACCAGGGACGAUUUGGCCCCAUAUAAGGGACAAAGAUUCCCAACCCAUGAUGCUGCUUAUGAAUUCUACACUGAAUAUGCAAAACGGUGUGGCUUCUCGAUCAGACGACACAGAACGGAAGGAAAAGACGGUGUCGGCAAAGGACUCACCAGGCGCUACUUUGUCUGCCACCGCGCCGGGAAAACGCCAGUCAAACCUUCAAGUGAAAAUAAACCUCAAAGAAACAGAAAAUCCUCUCGGUGUGGGUGCCAAGCGUAUAUGCGUAUAAGUAAGAACUCUGAUCUUGCGGUUCCACAAUGGAUAGUGACUGGUUUUGCAAACCACCACAACCAUGAACUCCUCGAGCCAAACCAAGUACGUUUCCUUCCUGCAUAUCGCACCAUUUCUGAUUCAGACAAGAGCCGAAUCCUAAUGUUUGCCAAAACAGGGAUCUCUGUUCAACAAAUGAUGAAGCUCUUGGAACUUGAAAAAUGUGUGGAGCCCGGAUAUCUUCCAUUCACAGAGAAAGACAUUAGAAAUUUGCUUCAGUCCUUUAGAAAGGUUGACCCCGAGGAUGAAGGCAUUGACUUGCUGAGAAUGUGUAGAAACAUUAAGGAGAGAGACCCAAACUUCAAGUAUGAUUUCACACUCGAUUCUGACAAUAGGUUGGAAAACAUUGCUUGGUCAUAUGCCUCGUCCAUCCAGUCAUAUGAGAUAUAUGGUGAUGCUGUGGUUUUUGACACAACACAUUGCUUGACGGCUUUUGACAUGCCUGUGGGAAUAUGGGUUGGAGUGAACAAUUAUGGUAUGCCGUGUUUCUUUGGCUGUGUGCUUCUACGAGAAGAAAACAUGAGAUCAUUUGUAUGGGCAUUGAAGGCAUUUUUGGGGUUCAUGAAUGGGAAAGUCCCACAAACCGUGUUGACCGACCAAAACAUGUGUCUGAAGGAGGCAAUUUCCGUGGCAAUGCCAACAGCCAAGCAUGCUCUCUGCAUAUGGCUUAUUGUUGCAAAAUUCCCUUCGUGGUUUAACGCCGUUCUUGGGGAAAGAUACAACGAGUGGAAAGCUGAGUUUUAUAGACUGUACAACUUGGAAUCAAUUGAGGAGUUUGAGUUGGGUUGGAGAGAGAUGGUGAAUUUCUUCGGUCUGCAUACUAAUAGGCAUAUUGCUGGUCUGUUUGUCUUGAGAUCACUGUGGGCACUCCCAUACCUAAGAAGCCAUUUCUUUGCAGGAAUGACUACUGCUGGCCACUCCAAGUCCAUCAACGCUUUCAUUCAGAGGUUUUUGAGUGCACAAACCCGGCUUGCCCAUUUUGUGGAGCAGGUGGCAGUUGCAGUGGACUUCAAGGAUCAAAUAGGUGAACAACAAACCAUGCAGCAGAACCUUCAAAACAUCUCCCUCAAAACCGGGGCCCCCAUGGAGUCUCACGCCGCGGCGGUUCUCACCCCCUUCGCCUUCUCCAAGCUCCAAGAACAGCUCGUUCUCGCCGCGCACUACGCGUCCUUCCAGCUGGAAGACUGCUUCCUCGUCAGACACCACACGAAAUCCGACGGAGGCCGGAACGUCUACUGGGCCCCACUUGAAGGCAUCAUAGGCUGCAGCUGCCAGCUGUACGAGUUCUCCGGGAUUCUCUGCCGCCACGCCCUCCGGGUCCUGUCCGCCGGAAACUGCUUCCAAAUCCCAGACAGGUACCUGCCCCUCCGGUGGCGGCGAAUCAGCGGCUCUGCGCAGGUGGUGAACCAGAAUGACCAUGCUGAAAGGGUUCAGUCCCUGCACUGUUUGGUUUCUAAUCUUGUUUCGGAAUCCGUGAAGUCGAGAGAACGGCUCGAUUUGGCAACCAAGGAAGUUUCGGUCCUCUUGUCUCGGAUACGCGAACAGCCGCCGGUUUAUUCAACAUCAUCAUCGUCUUACACGAAGAGAAAUGGUUGAGUUAAGUGAGGAACACAUUAGAGUUAUGGUAGAAAUGAGAGUAUAGUUUUGGGCAGUGAAUGAACUAAUGAAGGUUUUGUUUGUAUUGUAUAUAUAUAAAUAUAAGUUUUCAUGGGAGGAUUGACAAGAAGAUAACAUUCACAGGGGGGUUUUUUGGUCAUCUCCAAAAAUUUAUGUGACCUAAUAUGUAAACUUGCUCUCUCUGCAGAAGGAAAAUAGUCUUCUUCCUCUUUUUUGUUACCAUUAUUUUGGUUAACUUUAAACGCUAAAAAUGCAGAAACAAAUUAAUGUUCUUAUA